GGCCGUGGUUGCCGGGGGCUCGCCGGAGGGAGGGGAAUGCGCGUGCGCGCGGGGCCCGGGAAGUAACGUUCGGCGCUUGCCGUUAGAGCAGAAGAAAAGGAACAGGAAGAGAGCGAGCGAGAGCGCUUGCGCGAGCGGAGCAACGGCGACGACUCAGCCCCGGGUGGAGGGAGACGGACGCCAGCCAGGAGCUGAGAGGUCGCAGCGCCGCUUCCCCUCCCCCACGUCACCAUGGCUGAUCAGCUGACAGAGGAGCAAAUAGCAGAGUUCAAAGAGGCCUUCUCCCUCUUUGACAAGGAUGGCGAUGGCACCAUCACCACCAAGGAGCUUGGCACCGUCAUGCGCUCCCUGGGGCAGAACCCCACCGAGGCGGAAUUGCAAGACAUGAUCAAUGAGGUGGAUGCUGAUGGGAAUGGCACCAUCGAUUUCCCAGAAUUCCUCACCAUGAUGGCUCGGAAGAUGAAGGACACAGACAGCGAGGAAGAGAUUCGUGAGGCCUUCCGAGUCUUCGACAAGGAUGGCAACGGCUACAUCAGUGCUGCGGAGCUGCGUCAUGUCAUGACCAACUUAGGCGAAAAGCUGACGGAUGAAGAAGUUGACGAAAUGAUCCGGGAAGCUGACAUAGAUGGCGAUGGACAAGUCAAUUACGAAGAGUUUGUACAGAUGAUGACUGCCAAAUAAGAAAAGCAGCUGUCACCCCUUUCCCUUUCCCUGUGCAGAAUGGAAGGACUUGUCUGCUUACCAUAGAAAUCUUCUCCAGCUCCUCCUGUCUGUCCGGCACUCAACGCCUCCAUUGAUGCUUUAGCGGUUUGUGGCCAUUCUCUGCUGUCUCUUCCCCCUCCCUCUUGGGUUACAUGCUAGUGCCCGCGGUGGGUGCAGCUGGGAUGGCAGGAAGCCAAUGGAGAGCCCUGGCCAGGAGAAGCGACGCAAGGCCCCAACUCCUAGCAUUGUGGGUGGCCCAGUGGUGGAGAGGAGCUGCCGUAGUGAAGGCGCCCCUCCACCCUUGGCUCCACCGCUGCCUUGCGCCUGCGCUCCCUCCCUCUCCAAAGGCCACACCCCAGUUAGCGUGUAACCCUUGCAUCCAUGGACUGUUUUGUUCAGCUGAGUGCCUCCUUCCGCCAUCUGCAGUUGUCUUCCUGGGAAUAUCUGCAUAUCUUGGGUAUAUUGUAACUGUUAAACCUCUUAAUAAUUGCCGUGCCCUACCCCCUCUUCCCUUACCUUCCAGUGGCUUCAGGGAAUGAUUCUGUUCCAUUCCAGUUGGUGUACGGUUUCUUUUUCUUCUUUUGAAUAAAGUCUGUGUGUUUCAAAA